AUGAUGAAGCAAUAUGUAAAAGGCAAUAUGAGCCAUGAUGCUAACAAUUCAGUUAAAUAUUUUAUCAAAAUGCUUGCUCAAUGCAGUGAAACUGUUAUCUUUAUGUUUCUUGGAUUAUCUACAAUAUCUAGCAUUCAUCAAUGGGAUACCUCUUUUGUUUUUGUUACGAUAUUUUUGUGUUUAUUUUAUAGAACUAUUGGUAUGUUAUUUAUCAUAGGAAAAAUGUUACCUUCGGAAGGGUCCUCGUUCGAAAGGAACAUAGUAGACAUAGAUAGGAGAAAUCUACCUUCUUUGGGGAGUACUUACCUAAUGGGUCCUGUAUGA